AUGUAUUUAUUAAUUGUAACUUUACCUUUACUAGGUAGUUGUGUAGCAGGUGCUUUUGGUCGUUUUCUUGGUUUACGAGGAACUGCUAUAGUCACAACCACGUGUGUUUCAUUAUCUUUUAUUUUAUCUCUGAUUGCUUUUUAUGAAGUUGCACUGGGAGCCAGUGCUUGCUAUAUAAAAAUUGCUCCAUGGAUUUUUUCCGAGAUGUUUGAUGCUUCUUGGGGCUUCUUUUUUGAUAGUCUGACUGUAGUUAUGUUAAUUGUGGUUACAUUUGUAAGUAGCUUAGUUCAUCUUUAUUCCAUUUCAUAUAUGUCCGAGGAUCCACACAGCCCUCGAUUUAUGUGCUAUUUAUCCAUUUUUACUUUUUUUAUGCUAAUGUUGGUUACCGGAGAUAACUUUAUUCAAUUAUUUCUAGGAUGGGAAGGAGUAGGUCUCGCUUCAUAUUUGUUAAUUAAUUUCUGGUUUACACGACUUCAGGCCAAUAAAGCGGCUAUAAAAGCUAUGCUUGUCAAUCGAGUAGGUGAUUUCGGAUUAGCUCUCGGGAUUAUGGGUUGUUUUACUAUUUUUCAAACAGUAGACUUUUCGACUAUUUUUGCUCGUGCCAGCGCCUUUUCUGAACCCCAUCAUUAUUUUAUUUUUUGCAAUAUGAGAUUUCAUGCCAUAACUGUUAUUUGUAUUUUACUUUUCAUUGGCGCUGUUGGAAAAUCUGCACAAAUAGGAUUGCAUACUCGGUUACCUGAUGCAAUGGAGGAGCCCACUCCAGUAUCUGCUUUGAUUCACGCAGCUACUAUGGUAACAGCAGGCGUUUUUAUGAUAGCAAGGUGCUCCCCUUUAUUCGAAUAUUCACCCACUGCUUUGAUUGUUAUUACUUUCGUAGGGGCUAUGACGUCAUUCUUCGCGGCAACCACUGGAAUAUUACAGAAUGAUUUAAAGAGGGUCAUAGCCUACUCAACUUGUAGCCAAUUAGGCUAUAUGAUAUUUGCUUGCGGUAUUUCCAACUAUUCCGUUAGCGUAUUUCAUUUAAUGAAUCACGCUUUUUUUAAAGCAUUACUCUUUCUGAGUGCAGGUUCAGUGAUUCAUGCCAUGUCGGAUGAGCAAGAUAUGCGUAAGAUGGGAGGGCUUGCUUCCUUGUUACCUUUCACUUAUGCAAUGAUGCUUAUAGGUAGCUUAUCUUUAAUAGGUUUCCCUUUUUGUACUGGAUUUUAUUCUAAAGAUGUUAUUUUAGAGCUCGCUUAUACUAAAUAUACGAUUAGUGGUAACUUUGCUUUCUGGUUGGGAAGUAUUUCUGUCUUCUUUACUUCUUAUUAUUCUUUUCGUUUACUUUUUUUAACUUUUUUAGCACCAACAAAUUCAUUCAAGCGAGACAUCUUACGAUGUCAUGAUGCGCCCAUUCUUAUGGCAAUCCCUUUAAUCUUUUUAGCUUUUGGAAGUAUUUUUGUAGGAUACGUGGCCAAAGAUAUGAUGAUUGGUUUAGGUACCAAUUUUUGGGCUAAUUCCCUUUUCAUACUACCAAAAAAUGAAAUUCUUGCCGAAUCCGAGUUUGCUACUCCAACAAUUAUUAAACUAAUUCCUCUUUUGUUUAGUACUUUAGGUGCUUUUAUGGCAUAUAAUAUAAAUUUUGUAGCAAAUCCAUUAAUUUUUGCUUUGAAAACUAGUACUUUCGGUAAUCGAUUAUAUUGCUUUUUAAAUAAGCGCUGGUUUUUUGAUAAAAUUUUUAAUGACUUUAUACUUAGGUUCUUUUUGCGUUUUGGAUAUGAAGUUUCAUUUAAAGUUUUAGACAAGGGUGCUAUUGAAAUCUUGGGGCCUUAUGGAAUUUCGUACACAUUUCGAAAAUUAGCCAAGCAGAUAAGUAAACUUCAAAGUGGUUUUGUUUAUCAUUAUGCUUUUGUAAUGUUGAUUGGCUUAACCAUAUUUAUUACCAUAAUAGGUCUGUGGGAUUUUAUUUCUUUUUGGGUAGAUAAUCGAUUGUAUUUUAUUUACAUAGUGAGUUUUCUAUUUAUNCAUUUUGAAAAAGACAUUAGCACAAACUAA